AUGCAUCGCGCCACCGCCGCCCCAAAUCCACUCCAAACCCUCCUCGACCUCAUCAACUCCACCCUCUCCCUCCUCCUCCGCUCCUCCCUCACCGUCCGAUCCUUCGUCGGACGGUGGACCGCCCUCCACACCAAGCUCACUUCCCUCCACUCCUCCAUCGCCGACAUCUCCGAUUCUCCCCACUGGGCCCAGAACCCUCUUCUCCACACCCUCCUCCCCAACCUCCUCUCCACUCUCCAGCGCCUCACCGCCCUCGCCGACCAAUGUACGGACACCGGGUUCACCGGCGGGAAGCUCCACAUGCAGAGCGACCUCGACAUGGCCUCGUCCUCGCUCUCCAACCAGCUCCGCGACCUCGACUUGUUGCUCAGAUCUGGAGUGCUCCACCAGUCGAACGCCAUCGUUUUGUCCCACCCGGGUCCCGGGUCGGAUAAAGAGGAUUUGGGUUUUUUUGUCCGGGACCUCUUCACCCGAUUACAAAUCGGAGGCGUCGAGUUUAAGAAAAAAGCUCUGGAGUCUCUGCUUCAGCUUCUCAACGACGACUGCAAGUCCUCCGGUGUCGUCGCCAAAGAAGGUAAUGUCGCGUAUUUGAUUCAUUUGCUCGAUUUCCACAACCAGCCUUUUGUGCGAGAACAGGCUGUCUUCGCCGUUUGUCUCCUAGCCUCAGCCAACGACGAGUCGUCGCGCAAGGCCGUGUUCGAAGAAGGGGGUUUGGGGCCGUUGCUCAGAAUACUCGAAUCCGGGUCGACCCAUUUGAAAGAGAAGGCGGCGAUGGCCGUCGAGGCGCUGACGGCCGAUCCAGAAAAUGCCUGGGCCCUUUCGGCCUACGGUGGCGUCUCGGUGUUGAUCGAAGCAUGCCGAUCUGGGUCUCCGGCGACUCAGACCCACGCGGCUGGCGCCAUUAUAAACGUGGCCAAUGUGGAAGAGAUCAAGACGGCUUUGGGAGAAGAAGGGGCUGUGCCAGUACUGGUCCAGUUAUUGCUUUCAGGCUCCAUUACUGCCCAAGAAAAAUCAGCAAAUUUUUUAGCGAUUUUAGCCUCUUCCGAUGAGUAUUUUCGAGCUUUGAUCAUUCAAGAACGUGGGUUGCAGAGAUUAAUGCAUUUGAUCCAAGAUUUACCGAGCUCGGACACAUUGGAACACGUCCUCCGAGCCAUAACCUCGCUUUCAGCUUCAGAUUCAUGCUUUAAAGUCCUGUCUUCUUCAACCCUUUUCCUAAUCCAGCUCGGUGAGUUCAUAAAGCACGGUAACACAACCCUACAGCAAAUCUCAGCUUCGUUACUCGCUCACUUAUCGAUCAAUGUGAGUGACGGCAAUAAGCGAGCAUUGGGUAGCUGUAUGGGGUCGUUGGUGAAGCUCAUGGAGUCGCCAAAACCGGUGGGUCUUCAAGAAUCGGCGGCCCAAGUGCUUGUGUCGCUGCUUACGGUCCGGUCGAACAGGAAAGAGCUGGUGAGGGACGAGAAGAGCGUGAUGAGGCUGGUCCAGAUGUUGGAUCCCAAGAAUCACGAGAUGGUUUGCAGCAAGUUCCCGGUGGCGGUGGUUGCGGCGGUACUCUCCGGAGGGAGCGGUGGCUGCCGGAAAAGGCUGGUGGCAGCCGGGGCUUACCCGCAUCUGCAGAGGCUGGCGGAAAUAGAGGUCGUGGGAGCUAAGAAAGCACUGCAGAGACUCGCCGGAAACAGGCUCAAGACCAUCUUCUCCAGAACUUGGAGGGAAUAA